AUGGACGAUUCCCUGGAAAGGCCUAAUAUCCUGCCGCCUCCAGCUUCGAAUGAAGCGCAAGACGACGGUCAGUCAUCGGAGGAGGAGGACGGAGGACCAGACUGGACAAAACUACCAUCGUCGUCGGGCCCCAACGCAGCGCGCCCGGUAAUCCCCAAGCGGGGUGAAAAAGACUAUGAACCGAAGGCAGGCGGAGGGUCCGGCCUGCAGCUUCACUUCUUGGAUCGUGCAAGGACGGCAAUGUUUGGCGCACUCGGGGCUAACCGUGGAGUCAAUAACAAAUCGAUGAGCUACGGGCUUUGGUACCCACAGCUCGCACGCGCGCACGUCACCGUGGCCAAAGGAAUUCACUUCACUUCCAUGGGCCACUUCGUCCAGCGUGCUUCUGCGGAUUCCCAAACAAAACUGCAGAAGAGACUAGAGUUACUUCCGGAGGAAGCUCUUUACCUAGUAGAACGCGGUGCUCUCUGGUGCUGGAAGCAGGUUGAUGUAGUAUCAGAGUCGGUGGAUGCCACUGAUCCCGACGGUCGAGGCCCUCCAAUGAGCGUACAGCAAGCUUACGCUGAAAUGAUAGGAACUCAAGAUCUGACUCUUGAAAAAUAUCAGGUUUUCGCGUACCUGAAACGGCUGGGAUACAUUGUCACCCGUGCUGAACCGCCGAGCCCUUCAUACCCAGUCCCCCCUCCUUUACAAUCUAGCACGCCCAGAUCAGUUCUCAAUACCCUGCAAAGCAUAUGGUCUGGCGUUUGUCGAAGGCUUCGCGCGCUAAUUGGAGGUAGUAUCGACUGGUGGAGGCCUUUGUACCUCGACGGAUGGCUAUAUCAUUACACUAAUUACCCUUCUCUCUUCAAGUCGAUGCGGUUCAUCCACUCAGGACAUAGCACCCCGCUGCAUCUGACAAGUAAACCUGCAUCCGCUCCCCGCUCCCCAUAUCACAUCUUCUACCACCUGUACAAGCCUUCUACCCCAUUCCGCAAGACCUCUCCACCGCCUCCCGAUUUCUACGUUGUUGUCGUGGACGCCCGUAACACGCCUAUGCCAUCCCUACACGAGCUCGCGGCCCUGUACGACGAGCUCCCAGAUGUACCACCUCCCUUACCUCGACAACGACUCCAACCCGUACCUGACAAACCAGCUGGGGUUCCAUCUACAACACCGCAGUCCCUUUCGACUCUCCAGCAGAUACUUCACAGUGUUCUGCCUUUCCUCUCUAGGGCCCCGGCUGAGCCGCCGAUAAAGCCGCGGAAGCCGCACCCCUUCAUGGCUUUGAAAGCGGGGAAGAAGAUGGUGGUGAUGGCGGCUGUUGAUAAUGGUAUCAUUAGCUUCUUCAGGUUUGGACAGGGGGCAUUCGAUGAGUGGCCAAUGGUCUAGUGUGGGUAGGUGUUGACUAGGUUGGCAUGUGUUGAGAUUAGAGCCUGCACGCCGGAAGGAAGAUGCGUCAGAAAACAUGGCGGCAGACCCUAGGUUUGACAUGCUGUUUGCCUCUCGAUCGUUACCGUGUUGGCCCAGCCAGGACUCUAUGUCCGUGGAUUCACGAUGGAAGGCAGGAAGUAGAGUGAUGCCGCGGACUAUGUUAACCCGCAAUCUUCAACGAUUGGAUUGUCUACUCCCUGG